AUGUUUCCUUUGUCUUUAUUUAACCUCUAUUUUAUCUCUGAUGCCUACUCAUUCUCAGUUCCAUAUCUCUUUAAACUCUCUCUUCCUUCUCUUUCUUCACUCUUUUUCUUCUCCCUCUUUCUUCUCUCUCGUCCUUCUCUUUCUUCACUCUUUUUCUUCUCCCUCUUUCUUCUCUUUCUUCUCUCUCUUUCUUCUCUCUAUCUUUCUUCUAUUUCUUCUAACUCUUUCUUCUCUUUCUUUUCUCCCUUUCUUCUCUUUCCUUUCUCUCUUCUCUUUCCUUUCUCCUCUUUCUUCUCCCUCUUUCUUCUCUUUCUUCUCUCUCUUUCAUCUAUUUCUUCUCUCUCUUUCUUCUAUUUCUUCUUUCUCUUUCUCUUUCUUUUCUUUCCUUUCUCACUUUCUUCUCUUUUCUUCUCUCUCUUUCUUCUCUAUCUUUCUUCUAUUUCUUCUCUCUCUCUUUCUUUUCUCUCUCUUUCUUCUCUCUCUUUUUUCUAUUUUUUCUCUCUCUUUCUUUUCUUUCCUUUGUCACUUUCUUAUCUUUCCUUUCUCUCUUUCUUCUCUCUCGUUCUUCUCUUUUGUCUCUUUCUUCUCUCUCUUCCUUCUCUUUCUUCACUCUUUUUCUUCUCUCUCUUUCUUCUAUUUCUUCUCUCUCUUUCUUUUCUUUCCUUUCUCACUUUCUUCUCUUUCCUUUCUCUCUUUUUUCUCUCUCUUUCUUCUCUCUCUUCUCUUUCUUCUCCCUCUUUCUUCUCUUCUCUUUUCUUUUACCGGUUUCUCGAGAUUAAUCGAUUCUAUUCUUUAUCUCUCGCCUCUCUUUCGUCUAUUUUAUUCUUUUCUAAUUCAUCUUCACCCUUUCCCUCUCUUUUCUCCCUUUCAUUUCUCCUUCUUUCUAAUUUUCCCCCUUCUUACUUCACUCUCGUCACUUUCCCUUCUCUUUCACUAAUUUCUCCUUUCUCUUUCUCUAUUUACUUCCCAUCUUUCUUUUACGUUUCAUUUUCUCUUCUCGCGCUGUCCUUUUUCUCUCUCGUUUAUUCCUUUCUCUCUCUUUCUCUCGACAUUUUCUUUUCUUCUCUUGUUACCUUUCCCCUCUUCUCACACUGUCCAUUUUCUCUUUCGUUUAUUCCUUUCUCUCUCUUUUUUCACAGCACUUUCUCCUCUUCCCUUGCUUUCUUCCUUUUCUCCUCACUCUGUCCUCUUUCUCUAUCGUUUAUUCAUUUCUAUCUCUUUCUCUCGGCACUUCUUCCUUCUCUUCCCUUACUCUCUUUCUCCUCUUCUCACGCUGUCCUUUUUCCCUCUCUUUUAUUCCUUACUCUCUCUUUCUCUCGGCACUUCUUUCUUCUCUUCUCUUUCUUUUCCCUUGCUGAUUUAAACAAACUUAAACAUCUCUCUCACUCUCAACGACCUUUUUUUUAUAACUGUCAAACGACAGAGGACCUUAAAAAGACGACAUUAUGUCUGAUGACACGCGCUGCAUUUUGCCCCAUUCAACAUCGCUUUUCUUUUUCGAUGAAAAAACUUCUUCUUCUUCUUCUUCUUCUUCUUCUUCUUCUUCUCUCUCUCUCUCUCUCUCUCUGUCUAAUUUUUGAAGCCUAG